UAAAUUUAUUGUCCUUGCCAGAUCAAGUUCUUGACAGAACUUCCCUAUAAACUCAUCAUUCUGAUUAUAAACCUACACAUCAAAACAAACACACUUCUAAUCCUCGAACCAACACUAGCAAUUAUAUUAAAGAGAUGGGUUCUAGAAACACUGCUUCAGUAGCUCUAUUUUUCGCCCUUAACAUUCUCUUCUUUUCGCUAGUCAGUUCAUGUGAAACUUGCCCUGGUCCUAAGCCCAAGCCGAAGCCAACUCCAACUCCAACUCCAUCAGGAGGAAAAUGCCCUAAGGAUGCCCUAAAGCUAGGUGUUUGUGCUGAUGUCCUAAAAUUAGUUAACAAUGUUGUGAUUGGAUCGCCACCUACACUCCCGUGUUGCAGCCUUUUAGAAGGCCUUGUCAACCUUGAAGCUGCCGUCUGCCUUUGCACAGCCAUUAAAGCCAACGUCUUGGGGCUUAAGCUUAAUAUUCCUAUUGGCCUCAGCUUAGUUCUCAACAACUGUGGCAAGCAAGUCCCAAAUGGCUUUGAAUGUACCUAGAGAACCUCAAAGGUUUCCGUACUUUUCAUUGCAUUAUGCUUUAACUUUCUAUCUGUUGUUCAGGUUUGGCUUUACCUUUAAAGCUUGGUUGGCUCUCUUGCUUAUUUCUUCCUGGUAUGAUCGUUUGGUUGCGCGACUUGGAGUGACAUCGAAUAAAUCUUGCGCAUCUUCUGCAGUUUGAUAUAGAGUGAAAAUAGGUUCUGUCUUUGUUUAUUUCUUUGGUCGAUUUGUGAAAGCAAUGUUCUGUACUUCCCUGCUUGAAAUACAUUAUUCUUUACUUUUCCUCA